GUGACGCCGGCCUAAGUAUAAACGACCGCGUUAUAUCGCGUUGUGAUCGCGUUGUGAUUGCGUUGUGUCACAUUCAACGUAUAAGAUGGAAUCCGAUUACGAUGAGGAUCGAAGUGGUUGGGGAGAUGAGGUGAAUCGAAGUACUGAGGAAUGUAGUGGAGAAGAUAUGUUUGAUAAUCCACAAGAAGUAUUGAAUGAAUGUUUGGAUAAAUUCAAAACAUCUGACUACAUUAUGGAACCUGGCAUUUUCGCCCAACUUAAGAGAUAUUUUCAAGCAGGAGGAAAUCCCGAACAAGUUAUAGAAUUAUUGUCCAAGAAUUAUACAGCUUAUGCACAAAUGGCAAAUCUUCUCGCAGAAUGGCUAAUCCUUGCUGGAGUGAAAGUCACUGAUGUGCAAGCAAUGGUGGAAAAUAACUUGAAGGAUAUGAUUCUUAAAACUUUUGAUCCCAAGAAAGCAGACAAAAUUUUUACAGAAGAGGGUGAAACUCCUGCUUGGUUGACAGAAAUGAUACAGCAUCCUACUUGGCGAUCUCUUAUUUAUAGACUUGCAGAGGAAUACCCGGACUGUUUAAUGCUAAAUUUUACCAUUAAACUCAUAUCAGAUGCAGGAUUUCAAGGUGAAAUUACAAGUAUCUCAACUGCGGCUCAACAAAUUGAAGUCUUCUCACGUGUAUUGAAGACUGCAAUUGCUGGAUUUCUUCAAAAUACAGAAGACUGGCAAUCGAGUAUCCAAGAAUGUGCAAAAAUGGUAUGUCACGGUCAACAUACUUAUGUGUACAGUCAAGUCCUGUUGCAGAUUUUAGCACAAGAAACUCGUGGUGGUUUUAUGAUGAAAAGACUAUCUCAAGAAAUCACCAAAUGUGCUCAACAAAAUCGACAUGACGUUACUCCAAUAACAAUGGCUCUGAAUGGUGCUGCUAGUAGUCCUGGAGCAUGUCAAGCACUAGCAUCUAUGUUAUCAAGAAACACUUUAAAUCCUGCUGACAUCACUGUAUUGUUUAGAAAUUACUCUGCAGCAGAACCACCUCCUAUUGAGUUGUUACGUAACCCUCAAUUUUUGGAAUUAUUGGUUGAUGCACUUUUUAAGCCUGGUGUUAAGAUAAAUCCUGAACACAAAUCGAAGUAUAUAUAUUUAUUAGCUUAUGCAGCAAGUGUGUGUGAAGCAGCUCCUAAAAAAGGCAAUACGCGUAAAACUAAUAAGGACGAAUUAAAAACAACUAUUCAGGCGAUUGAGAAAGUACACAAUAUAUGUAAUAUAAACAAAGGAUCGACUGAGCUAAUAGCAGAGUUACAUACCUUGUAUCAAUGCAUACGAUUUCCUGUUGUAAGUGUGGGUGUAAUAAGGUGGGUAGAGUGCACUGUGACUGAACCAUCAUAUUUUAAAUUAUGUACAGAGCAUUGUCCUGUACACCUUGCUUUAUUGGACGAAGUUGUUGUUUGUCAUUCUCUAUUGCAUCCAAAAAUAUUGAGAUUGCUUGUGCACUUGUUUGAAAGUAAACAAGAUGAACUGGAGAUACUUGUACAGCUGGAGAUGAAAAAGAUGUUGAUUGAUAGAAUGGUGAAUCUUUUGAGCAGAGGUUGCGUAGUACCUGUUGUGUGCUACAUUAAGCAAUGUUGGCAACGUGGAGAUACAGAUGUAUCUCUAAUCAGAUAUUUCGUCACCGAGGUGUUGGAAGCAAUAGCUCCUCCAUACUCAACUGAAUUUGUACAAUUAUUCUUGCCAAUGGUAGAAAAUGAAGAGAUUACUGGGACUAUGCGUGGAGAAAGUGAGAACGACUUGGUUUCAGAAUUCACUGUGCACUGCAAAACUCACUGCCCUGUUGUAAGAUGACGUUACAAAAAUUAAUCACAGGUGGGUUAAAUCAAA